CCUCGUUUCCUACUUCUGUCCUCGUCUCGCUCUGCUUUCUUUCUCUUGUUGGCUUUCCCUCUUUCGUCUUGUGCUCCUACCCUUCGUUCACAUCGGGCCUGCUCGCCAUAUUGUAGUCAUGCCGGCCAUGCAUCUCCGCCUAGCGCUCUUGCCGACCCUCCUGCUCUCCGGCCUUUUCUCCACAACCUAUGCAGCGAAUUUCACGUUUGACUUUGGCACGCCCACACAGUGCGAUAAUUUUCCUAUAUCAUGGACAGGUAGGACACAGCAAGUGUGAUUAAAUACGAUGCGCGUCCGAGCUAAUCCCCCGGGGCGUCCUAUAGGCGGUUCACCACCGUUCCAGCUGGUCCUUGCUCCCGUACGUUUACACAUUGAAAGCAGCCGUUCAUCUUUUAGAAACGCCGUUAGGAAUUUGGAACACCUAGAACGAUUAUUGUACCCUCCCCGAGCUUCAACAAUGGCCAGGGCUCAUUUCAGACCCAAUUGCCGUUCCCGACAGGCCAGAAGUUCCUUGCAACUAUGUCUGACGCAAAUGGAUUCGGCUCUGGAGGAGUGACGAACGUGCUUACUGUUGGGAGUUCCGUUAGUGGUACGAACUGUAACACGACCGAUCCAGGUGUGUUCGCAGUCGCCU